AUGAUAAAAAGGCGUUCUUAAAAUUGCAUAGCUAAUAUUCAAUCAUACUAAAUACUUCAUAAAGUUUUUGAAUUUAGAAGAAUAGUUUUAAAAAUAGCUGAUAGACUACUAAGUCAGAUUAAAUCUUAUUCAGAAUUUAUAUUCUUGAUCAGAUAAAUGCAUAAUCAAUAAAAUAGUCCUAAUAAAUGA